GGCGGUAUCCGAUACUCCCAUAUACCUCCAAAAUCCAAAUAAUCCACAGUCUAUCCUCUACCCUCUCUUCCUCUACUCGCUCUUCCCGUAUACUCGCUCUAAUACCUCGGACGCUCGCCAUGACCGGAUCUCGCGCAGCUCUCGUCUUCGUCCUGCUCCUCCCGCUCGUCGCGCAGGCCGCGCCGUGCCCACUCGCUCAUAAGCAUCCUCGCCAACUGCAAGAUCUGGACGACCCCUCUCAGCAGCCCUUCGAAGCCGCCUCCGACUCCGACACGCUCUUCCUUCCUCCUGGCUUCAUCGCGCCCGUCGACAAUGCCACAGACUCCGUCCCGGACGCGCCGCCUGCUCCUAUUGCUCAGCCCGACAUCGGACCUCUGAUGAUGGGCUACUACCCUGACUGGACAUCGGCGACGCUCCCACCUGAGAAGGUCGACUUCUCGCGCUACGACUGGGUCGACUACGCGUUUGCGCUGCCUACGCAGGACUUCAACGUGACCUGGGACGACCCGAACGCCCCCGCUCUUCUUAAUCGCCUUGUCACUGCCGCGCACGCUCAAGGAAGCAAGGUCAAGUUGAGCAUUGGCGGGUGGACGGGGAGCAAGUACUUCUCGCCAGCGGUCGCAAGCGAUAGCUCUCGCCAGACCUUUGUCGACAACAUCGCCCUCGCGUUCGAUCAGUACAAGCUCGACGGCAUUGACAUUGACUGGGAGUAUCCUGGACGCGCAGGCAACGACGGGAACCUCUUCAUGCCUCAAGACACCACGAACUUCCUUUCCUUCCUGAAGCUGCUUCGCGCGAAGCUCCCUGCCGACGCACACAUAUCUGCCGCUACGCUCACUACGCCCUUCGUCGACGGGAACGGUGCGCCGUCUGCCGAUGUUUCCGAGUUUGGCGACGUCUUGAACUGGAUCACGAUGAUGAACUACGAUGUUUGGGGCUCAUCCUCAAACCCGGGGCCGAACGCACCGUUCUACGACGCGUGCCACAAUUCGACGCAGCCGCAAGCGAGCGCGGUCGCUGGCUACGAGCAGUGGACGUCCGCGGGAUUCCCUGGUAACAAGAUCGUCCUCGGCAUCCCCUACUACGGCUACCGCUCGAGGUCCGACAACACACAUCUCCGCACGCGCGACGACGAUAAUGCGCAGGUCGAGUUCCGUGACCUCGUCUCCAACGGUCAACUCGUGAAGAACACCGACCCCAAUGGUCCUGCGUACAUCGGCGGCAACGGGUUCACGAGGCAGUGGGAUGAAUGUUCGGGGACGCCGUAUCUCGUGUCGUCGGAAGCGCACUCGGUGAUCUCGUACGACGAUCCGGAGUCGUUGGCGAUGAAGGCGAAAUGGGUGAAGGAGAUGGGGAUGAUGGGGGUGAAUACGUGGGAUGUGCAUGGGGAUACGGAUGAUCUGGUGUUGGUGAGGACGGCGAGGGAGGCGAUGGGGUUAGCGUAGAGUGGACGGUUUGUCUGGUCUUGUGGGCAAUGCGAUGUGCUGAGGAGUGGAA